AAAGAGGGACUCCUAUCACAACUCUCAGUUUAAAACAUUCAAAGGUUUUUUUUCUGCUUUUGAGGUCUUUAGUAGUUCUUCUUUUACUUCUUUGCUCUUAUACAUUAAAACUAAACGAUCAUGGCUAUUCGUAUGCCUCGUAUAAUCAAGAAGUCUUCCACAAGUGGAGAUAUUCCAAAAGGCCAUUUUGCUGUGUAUGUUGGGGAGAAGCAGAAGAAGAGAUUUGUAAUCCCCAUAUCGUUCUUGAGUCAACCUUUAUUUCAAGACUUGCUUAGUCAAGCUGAGGAAGAAUUUGGUUUUGAUCAUCCUAUGGGUGGUGUCACAAUUCCUUGCAGUGAGGAUGUGUUCCUUGAUCUCACAUCUCGCUUGAGGAAGUGAGAAGGAAACUAACGAGUCACCAGUUUUUCUCUUACACAAUUUUGUAAAGCUGUAAAGUAGGGUCGACAGAGUGUACAAUUCAGGAGCUAGAAAAAACAGUCAUUUGAAGCUAGUAUGAGGAGAGUUACCACACUCUGACUAGGUUAGACUAAUGAAAUUAGCUCCAUAAAGAAUGGAGAUGUAAUACCUUUUCUCUUGAUUAAGGAGACAUUUUUCUACUUCAAAAGAAAUUGAAGUAAUGAACAUGUUUACUUCUAUGGUUCAAAUCAAUUCCAUAUAUUGAUGGAAUAUUUUAUUGCAAUAUAAUAAUUCUUGCUCAACUUUCUUGGUUU